GACUCCAGCCUGCAGCCUCCAGUAUAGCCUUGCGUCCCCUGGUAAGAAUCUUCCGGGAUGAAGUAUUUUUCGACUCGCGGUGGGGAUCAGGAGCUAUCAUUUGAGGAGACGGUUCUUACAGGCCUCGCACCGGACGGAGGCCUAUACAUACCUGAACACAUCCCAACCUUACCGGAGAACUGGCAGAACGACUGGCAGGGAUACUCAUUCCAAGAGCUGUCCGUAGCUGUCCUCUCUCUGUUCAUCUCGCCAGAGGAGAUCACCCGCGAUGAGCUUCGGACGCUGGUGGACAAGUCCUACAGCACUUUCCGGCAUCCUGACAUAACUCCCUUACACAAAUUAACUGAAAAGACCUUUGUGCUGGAACUUUUUCAUGGGCCGACCUUUGCCUUCAAGGAUGUCGCCCUCCAGCUUCUCGGGAACCUAUUUGAAUUCUUCCUCCUAAGGCGGAAUGCGCGCAAGUCAGCUGAGGAGAAGCCGGAGAGACUGACGGUGGUCGGUGCUACUAGUGGGGAUACAGGAAGUGCUGCCAUCUACGGUCUCCGUAACAAGGCGAACAUCUCGAUCUACAUCCUUCAUCCAAAAGGUCGUGUGUCGCCCAUCCAAGAAGCCCAGAUGACGACGGUCACCGACCCCAACGUUCACAACCUUGCAGUCAAGGGCACGUUCGACGACUGCCAGGACAUCGUAAAAGCUCUCUUCGCCGAUAAAACCUUCAACGCGAAGCACCGACUCGGUGCUAUCAACUCCAUCAAUUGGGCUCGCAUCCUCGCCCAGACGGUGUACUACUUCCUCGCCUACUUCCAUGCGCGCCGGCAACUCUCAUCGUCGGAACUCCAGUUCGUCGUCCCCACCGGCAACUUCGGUGACAUCCUCGCGGGGUACUAUGCGAAGCGUAUGGGGCUCCCGAUGGGCCAGCUCGUCGUCGCCACCAACGAGAACGAUAUUCUCGCGCGGUUCUGGCGCAGCGGCCGGUACGAGAAGGUUGAUGGCGGGGAUGGCACCGGCGCGGCGGCUCCGGCGAACGGUGCGUCAGACGGAAAGCAGGCUGUGGGUGGCGUGAAGGAGACGCUGAGCCCGGCCAUGGAUAUUCUUGUGUCGAGCAACUUCGAGAGGCUGCUGUGGUACUUGGCGUACGAGACUGCCGGGGCGAACAGAAAGGAGGCGUGUGCAACUGUGAAGGGGUGGAUGCACAAGGUGAAGGCGGACGGGAGGGUAGAGGUGCCGAUGAAGGUCCUGGAGUUGGCUCGGAAGGACUUCAUUGCGGAGAGGAUAUCGGACGCUCAGACCCUCGAUACUAUCCGUGACUAUUACAACUCGACGACGCCAUACGUAGCGGAUCCGCACACCGCGGUCGGCCUGUGCGCUGCCCGGGUCGUCGCUGCUCACAAUCCUUCAUCUGUGACCCAAAUCGUGCUCUCCACUGCACACCCCGCCAAAUUUUCCGAAGCAGUCACCCAAGCCCUCUCUUCGGCUUCUCAGUUCGACUUCGACCGGGACAUUCUCCCAGAGGAGUUCCGAGGUCUUCUGAAGAAAGAGCGCAGAGUGAUUGACGUCGAGAGGCCGGACGUUGAGUUGGUGAAGGCUGUGAUAGAGAAGUACAGCUCGGAGGAUGAGUGUAAGGUAGCGGCUUCCAGGGCUAGCGUGUAGCGAGAAGAGGGAGAGGAGAAGGCAAACCGGGUUGAUACAGGCUUACACACUACGCGAGAGGAAGGCCAGAAGGGUCCUUGGAAUAAUUCAAGCAACGUCCCGGGUAAUUGCAAGAGUCGGUGAACCAAGAAAGGCAGGACAAAACUAUGCCUUGUCGGGGAUCUUACACCGCAGUACAACCGAUGGCGAUGAUGCCACCGUAGGUAUUGUCCUGGCAGCACAGGGACACAUGCGCACUAUCGACGUAUCGUAAGAGUCAGUGAUUCUCCUCUGCAUCGUCAGCUCCACAUACACGUACCAUGAAGCAC